AUGACGGAAUUAAUGAAACUUGGUGCCGGAUUUAUAACUCAGAAUCAUCAAAGUUCUCAAAGUUACCACCAACAAUCUGCAAAACAAUAUAGUACGAACACCAAUGGGAUAAUCUCUUCUAACUAUACCUCCAGUCUUCAAUCUGGAAAUUAUGGAUCCACCCUACCCAAAGAUACUGUGAAACCACUUGAUGAAACCACCCAACUUGAUAAUUUACUGGAAGAUCUUCUGAAUCAACAAAAUUACAUCUCCAGUCCAUCAAGUCCAAAAAAUCAGGACGCAAAAACUAUCACGACUACAACUCGUACUUUUACGACCUAUUCUCCGACUGAUUCUCAGAAAUCUCCCGAUCGUGUUGCCAUCCAACGUGCAGAAGUCAGUUACAAACUUCCAGGCACCAGAGCUGAAGAGAAUCGUCAGUUACUGAUCUCAUCCAGUUUGGACGAAGUUGACAAAAAACCAAGUGGAAUUCCUCGCAACGCAUUUACUUAUACACCAACUUCUCCACGAGAUCAGUCCAAAACGUAUCACACUUUGGAACGAGACAUGAUGAAGACAGAAAGUAACAUGAAAACUCACACGCUGCCAUAUAGAACAGAUUACGAUAACAAACACAAUGACUCAUACUAUCACACUCUAGAUAGCAGCCAUUUUAAAUCAGACAAUGAGACGACGAGUUCAUGGCUCCAACAGCAACAGAGUAAGUUACAAAGCAAGCGCGAUCAUGGUGACUUCCGCUCGCAACAAGAAAAACAAUUAGUGUCAGAACUUAAAAAUGCACAGAAUAAGUUUUAUUCAAGAAGAGCCCAGAGCGAAUCAGAUGAAAUGGAAUUCAUGGAUAAUUAUCGAGGUCAGAACGGGCCCAUCUCGCCAACAAGUGCCCAGGUAUCCUACGCCCCACAGCCACCUAGACGAGCCUAUAGCACCGAUGGCUUCUUCCCAGAAGCUCCUGGAACUUACACUACUCACACCAUGACAACUGAAAGUCGUUCCUAUGGAAGCAAAAGUACGUCGAAUAAGCCCCCUCCCUCGCCAACACAGCAACAGAGAUUUCAACCUGUUGCUCCACCUGUCCGCACUAGUAGUAAAGAUUAUAUGCGCGCAAGAUCUAAUAGUAGCAGUAGCUGGCAUCCUCAAGCGAAUGAGCCCGACCCCCAAAUCAUACCUAGGUCAUAUAGCUCCAGUCACUCUACCCCUCCGAGGUCCCCUAGGGCUCUCUCCCCCACUGGCCCACACAGCACCACAACAUAUACGACUUACAGGACAAUGACAUCGCCAGAAAUACCGCCACAACCCAAACCACAACCACCCAAGGUUGAGAAACAUUAUGUAACGGAAGUUUUCGUCCACCGAGCUGGUGGGGAAAAGAGUCCGAAUGAAUCGUUUGACUCCAAUAGAUUGGAUGAAUUGGAAAGGACAUUACAGAAAGCUUCCGAGUCCAUCAUGGCCAGUAAGACACAGCAACAGACUAUCUCGGAGACACGACAUUUUGAAAAUCGUUAUGUCAAGGAGCAACCAGCACCUAAAAAGAUCAGUGUCAUUGAAGAGGAUAGAAUCUCAUUGCAGCCUAUAGGACCUGGUGUUCAAGUCUUAGAACCUGAGACAGGAUCAACCAGUACCUUGAACAGACCAUCCACUCCAGGCUUCCCAACAUCGCCAGUGACACCACCCUUCCCUGUUUCCCCCAGGACACCAUAUGCUAAUGCAGGGUUUGAUCUAAUUUGGAUAAAAAAAACUGUAGAUUCUUGUGCGUCUCCUGAUAUUAGUUACCACAUGUUAUAA